AUGCUGCCGUACCUGUUCCCCGAUCUGUCCACCUUUACUACAGUCGCCGAUCUUAUCACCCACCUUCGCACUAGUGAUGCUCGCCUGCGUGCCGCCCUUCCCACCGAGUUCUGCGCUAAGAACCCCCCUCCACUGUACUGGACACUCCACUUCAUAGUCACCCGUCUCCCUGACACCCUCCGCUCAGUUCGAGACCACUUCCUUGCUCGCUGUCCCACUGAGCUCACAGUCGCCCUCCUAGAGGAGCAGCUGCUCGCGGCCGAAAAGAGCAUUGUAGCUGUUGGUGCUGCUCGUGGCGCUCCUCGCACCCCCAUCUUUGAGGGGUGUUCUCCCUCUCCCCUCGCUCCCUCCUACGCUGCUGCUGCUGCUGCUGUUGACUUCCUUGGUGCUGAUGGCCGCUGUUCUUAUGUCAUUCGCACAGGUGACCGCAAGGGACAGACGUGUGGGAGGUUCCACACCCCGUACCGCUGCUUCUCCCGCCUUGACGACGCUUGGCGUGAGGAGAUGGGCGCGGAUGUUGAGCGCCCCCGCUGGGCUGAGCUCAUGAGGGCUGGUGUUGAUGUCUUUGCUCUUGACUAUGAUGCUAUUAUUGCUGCCAUGUAUGCAUUGACUGUUAGUGCCGAGGGAGACUGUUACUUGUGUGUGCCGCCUGACCCAGGUAUAGAGCCCGCUGCCCUGGGUACUAGUGAGUCUGCUCUCUCUGGUAUGGUGCCCCCUGUACUUGCUCCCCCCAGUGCUGUCCUGGCUGGUUUCGAGUCUGCUCUCUCAGGUACAGCACCCACAGAGACUGCUCUCUCAGGUACCGCACCGGCUGAGGCCUGUCACACCUUCACCCUUGACUCAGUCCUUGCCCAGUCCACCACUGUCCUCCCUUGUCCGGCGGUUCCGUCUGGCUCGUUGUCGGGUUUCCACCUCCCCUCGUUCUCGACGAACCUGGUGAGCAACGCUGUCCUCCAGGAUCAGUGGGUUGACACCUUUACCCCUGGCGGACAGCGUGUGGCGAUCUGCACGUGCUCCAGGACCGGCCGUCACCUGGCUACGUUUACCCGUCGGCCGGGGUCGAGUCUCUACACACUGACCACUGCGUCUCCUCAGGUCGCUGCUAUCGGUCAGACCCUCCACCUGGACGUGUGGGGCCCAGCCCGCGUUCGUGGUCAGGGCGGUGAGCGGUACUUUUUGCUGGUUGUCGACGACUACUCGCGUUACACCACGGUCUUCCCCUUGCGCACCAAGGGUGAGGUCCCUGCUGUUCUGAUCCCUUGGAUCCGCACGGUUCGUCUCCAGCUCCGCCGCCGUUUCCGGACGGAUCUUCCUGUCCUGCGUCUGCACUCUGACAGAGGUGGUGAGUUUUCCUCCGAUCUCUUGAGGACCUUCUGUCAGGCGGAGGGCAUCGAGCAGACCUUCACGCUUCCGGACUCCCCACAGCAGAAUGGGGUUGCUGAGCGCCGCAUUGGCCUGGUCAUGGAGGUCGCUCGUACCUCCUUGGUCCACGCGGCGGCUCCCCAUUUUCUGUGGCCGUUUGCUGUCCGGUACGCCGCGCAUCAGCUCAACCUCUGGCCCCGUGUCUCCUUGCCGGAGACCUCGCCCACACUGCGUUGGACGGGAGAGGUUGGCGAUGCGUCGCGCUUCCGGGUGUGGGGUGCUCGUGCCCUUGUCCGCGAUACGUCCGCGGACAAGCUCUCCUCCCGCACGCUUCCCUGUGUCUUCCUUGGCUUUGUCCCUGACGCGCCUGGCUGGCAGUUUUACCACCCCACCUCGCGCCGGGUCUUCGCCUCUCAGGAUGUCACCUUUGACGAGUCGGUCCCUUUUUACCGUCUACUCUUCUCGGAGGUGAACGGUGUUUGCAGCUGCAAGGGGGAGUGUGCUGCAGUAGCUGCUGAAAAGAUUAAAGAGCUGAAAUCAACGGUGGAGAUGCUGGUACAGCAGAUGAAGCUGAUGAAAGUUCGACUUGUAGCGGCUGAAAAGCGGAAUGCUUCCCAUGCUGAUGAAGAGAAGGGUGCGGAAGCCAGGAGGAGCAAGGUCAUUGCCGCUGCUGUGGCUAAGGGGAAGGGAGUUCACAAGAGUGACACUCAUGAGCAGCAGAAAUGUGAGGUCUCGGUGGAGCUGAAGGAUGCAGCUGUGAAGGAGAAAACGAUGAUGCUGAAUGUGGCAAGCGUUGCAGCUGAUGGAACCAGGGUGAUGAGGGAACCCGAGGUGAAGCGUAGCUUGGAGGAAGCAGAUACGACCUUGGGUGGUAAUGAUGUUACCUUUGUGAAGCUACAAGCAGCUGAUGCCAUGGGAGAUAAAAGUGUGGGGAGGGAUAAGACAGCCUUCCCUAAAACUGGCGGUGGGAUCGGCAAUGUGGCGAAGCCGGUCGACAGUGAGAAGCUGAGUGAUGGAGCUGAAUAG